AUGCCCGAAAACUCAAGUUCUGACUCUAUAAAUCGAGUCACUGAUCCUUGGAGAAGGAUCAGAGGAACAUACUCCUCUCUCAUCCACUACUGUCAAGUAUCCCUCCAAUCUCCAUCUACCACAAUGGCCGCGACUUUUUUCUUCCUCCUCUCUGUCUUACUGCUUUUGGGUGCGGCCAGCAGCAGCAAGGAGACGAUCAGUCCAGUGAGCUACUGGAAUAAAUUGCUGCCCAAAACUCCCAUCCCCAAGUCUCUCCAUGCCUUCUUGCCUGCAGGCUCCACGGAUCCUUCCCAAAGCAAGUAUGCUAGCAGUGUGCCGUUCGACCGUUGCUCUUGGCAAGAGUAUAAACAUGGAGCAACACUAGAUGAGGUGAUUCAGGGAGGGCAUGGGCUCAGGUUCCUCUUCUUGGAACAGAACCUGAAGCCAGGAAGCAAGACUAAGAAGCUGGACUUCGAGAAGAAGAUCCGGUGGCCAACCCUGAUACCUCGCAAAGAAGCAGAGGCCUUUCCUUUCUCAACUUCCAAGCUCGGAGACAUCCUCAAACAGUUCAAGAUUGAUCCCAACUCGGCCACCGCAUCGAAGCUGAGGCAAACGCUCAAGGACUGUGAGAGGGAACCCGAUGAAGGCGAGACCAGCUUCUGCGCUACAUCCUUGGAAUCCUUGGCCGACUUUGCUGUGUCCCAGCUCAAGACAGAUGAUAUUCAGUUGCUAACCUACUCAUUCGUGAACAAGGAAGAAAAAGAUCCAAAGAGCAGGGUGUACACGGUUCAGCAUGGUGUGGUUGAAUUGGCCUCACGUCGAGCAGUGGCGUGCCACAUUGAGUCGUAUCCUUAUGCAGUGUUCUACUGCCACACGACUGUCAACACCAAAACUUACAUUGUUCCACUGAUUGCAGAGGAAGAUGGAACCAGAUUGAGUGCGGGGGCUGUGUGCCACAUUGACACUACUUCAUGGAACCCAAAACAUGCCACUAUGCUGGCACUAGGAAUCAAGCCAGGAACUCCUGUUUGCCACUUCCUUUCUCAUGGUCACUUUAUGUUUGUUCCCAACUCUGCUUCUGAAGAAAUCCCCAUGCAGAUGGCAUAAUCCCUCUUCACCCUGCUUUCUUAGAAUCUACUAUGUACGUGGUCUAAACCUUUAGCAACACCUAGCCUGUAUGUGUAUAUAGGCAACGAUGGUGAGUUAUAUGGGUUGUACAACUGCAUCUUUUCCUGUUUUAUGUGAGUAUAUUAUCCA